AUGAGGGGCCUGAUAAAGGCUGCCCUGGUGCUGCUGCCUGCAUUAGCUCGGGCGCUGGUGUGCGAGAGCUGCCCCGGCUGCGCUGGGUCGGGGCCGGUGGCCAUGGGGCCGGUGGCCAUGGGGCCGGUGGCGGCGCUGGGGCUGCUGCGGGGCCCGCGGCGGUGGCGGGCCCGGCUCAGCAGCCUCCGUGCCGCAGGCUCCGGGGAGCUGCGUCUGGUGGGCGGCGGCGGCGGGCGCUGUGCCGGGCGCGUGGAGGUGAAGCACGGCGGUGAGUGGGGCUCCGUGUGCGUCUUCGACUACGACGUGGAAGCUCUCUGGGCCGUGGUGGUGUGCCGGCAGCUGGGCUGUGGCCGGGUGGCCAGCUCGUCCCCGUACGCCCCGUUCGGGCAGGGCAGUGGGCGGAUCUGGCUGCAGCCCUUCUUCUGCCGAGGCGCCGAGGAUACGCUGGAGGAGUGUCGGCACUUCGGAUGGGGACGGCACUUCUGCGGCCACGAGCGGGACGUGGGAGUGACCUGCACAGAUGCCGUGGAGCUGAGGCUGGCGGGCGGCAGCAGUGCCUGUGCCGGGAGGGUGGAGGUGAAGCUGCAGGGACAGUGGGGCUCGGUGGGCGACAACGACUGGGACAUGGAGGACGCCGAGGUGGUUUGCCAGCAGCUGGGCUGUGGCUCGGCUUCCGGUGCCUACUACGCCCGUGACACCUUCGGUUUAGAGGGCUGGCUCGUCAGCCUGGUCCAGGUGGACUGCAGUGGGAACGAGGCCACACUUUGGGACUGCAAGAUCCGUAGCUGGGGACUCUAUAACAGCAGCGUCCAUUAUUGGGACGCUGCCGUUGUCUGCCAAGGGUUCUCCCGGCUAGUCGGAGGUGAUGGAGCCUGUGCCGGGCGUCUGGAGGUGCGUCAGGGCCGGGCCUGGGUCGGUGUCUGUGAGGAUCAGGUGGACAUGAAGGCGGCCCAGGUGGUGUGCAGGGAGCUGGGCUGCGGUGAGGCGCUCGCCAUCCCUGGCCGUGCUGGAUUUGGGAGAGGAUCAGGAUCAUUCUUGGACAGGGGCUUCCAGUGCAAUGGCAGCGAGCCCCUCCUCAGUGCCUGUGCCCGGCGUCCGGCCCACAGGCAGGGCUGCACCGGCCCUGCCAGCGUCACCUGCUCGUCCUACACGGGCUUCCGGCUGGGCAACAGCAGCUCGGGAUGCUCCGGGCGAGUGGAGGUGGCGGUGCGGGGCACGUGGGGAUCCGUCUGUGCCAGCGAGUGGGACCUGGCCGACGCGCACGUCCUGUGCCGCCAGCUGGGCUGCGGCCGCGCCUUCAGCGUGCCCCCGGGAGGCUCCUUCGGCAGCGGGGAGGGGCCGCUGCGGCCGGACGCCUUCGGCUGCAGCGGGAGCGAGCGGCACCCGGGCGAGUGCCCCGUGGCCGUGCUGGGGAAGCCGCCCUGUGCGCCGGGAAACGCCGCCGCCGUCAACUGCUCAGGCAGUGUCGAGUCCCUGCGGCUGGUGGAAGGUGAGACCCGGUGCGAUGGGUUUCUGGAGAUGGCCGUAAGCACCGGGGCGUGGCACCGUGUACCAGGAGAGGUUUCGCCCGUACGGAAUUUCAGCAAAGUGUGCUGGGAGCUGGGCUGUGGAGGACUGGACAGGACUGAUGCUGUCCAUGGUCAGAUCUACCUGUCGGAUGUCAACACGACGGAGAGGCCCAUGACAGAAAGCGUGAUUCCAACCAUCAUGGACACGACCCCCAAUGCGACCACUGGGACAAUUAGCGAUGAUAAUUUUGGGAAUGAAAGGGAGUUUGUCACGACUGCACCAGCUGACAUCCCUCAUGGGAGCUACACUGUGUGCUCAGGCAGCCGGCAGGUGAGGCUGGUGGGGAGCUCUGGGCGCUGUGCCGGGCGCGUGGAGGUCUAUUCCGGUGGCAGCUGGAGCUCCGUGUGCCAGGAAGGCUGGGACCUGCAGGACGCCGCCGUUGUCUGCCGGCAGCUGGGCUGUGGCAGGGCACUGGAGGCGCCGAGCUCGGCGCGCUCGGGCGCCGUCCCGGGGCCGCUGUGGCCGUACAUCCCCGACUGCUCCGGGUCCGAGGAGUCUCUCUGGGAAUGCGGGCGCACGGAACGGCGCCAGUGCGGGCGCGGCGGCGGGGCAGGGGCCGUCUGCUCAGGUCAGUGCCGGGCACCCCCAGAUCAGGGCCCAGCAGAGGCCCCGGGGGGUUCCUGGCCGUGCCGUGACCCCCCUGCACCCCUUGCAGAGCAGCUCCUCGUGCAGCUGGCAGGAGGCCACGGGCGCUGCCGGGGCUACCUGGAGGUGUCCUACAACGGCACCUGGGGCCGCGUGUGCGCCAGCGGCACCAGCAGCGGCACCGCCGCCGCCGUCUGCCGCCAGCUGGGCUGUGGGGACCAGGGCUCGCUCUCACCUGUCCCCUCCCAGCAGCCACCCCUUGCGUGGCUGGCCUGGGUGGGCUGUGAGGACGGGGCCCGCUCGCUCUGGGGCUGCCCCUCGGCCCCCUGGCACCUGCAGAGCUGUGGCACCGACGGGUACGCACAAGUGGAGUGUGAGGAGGACAGUGACGGCACCUCUGAUGGACACAGCGCCCCAUAUCCAGAGGGUGCCACCAGCACAGGUGUCCCCAGCAGAACGCCCUCAGCAGUGGCCCUGGGGACUGUGCCUGUGCCCACUGUGCUGUGCGUGGUGCUGGGGACGCUGCUGUGCCUGUCUCUGGGUGCCCUGGCCCUGCUGCUGUGCCGUGCCCGUGCCCGACGCCGAGGCCCUGGCAAAGCUGCAGAUGCCACCUCCAAUGCUAUUUACGAGGAGCUGGAUUACAAAGCCAUGCCAGAGUCCCAGGAGGUGCCCACUCCCCCAGGUUCCCUGUCGGAGGGAUGGGUGAAGAAGCUGCCGUAUUACACCGGGGACAGCGUGGAGGGGAGUGACACCGAGGCAGCGCCAGAUCCCCCUGCCCAGCCCGAGCAAGGAAGCCCGGAUGGCUACGACGAUGCCCUGGAUAUGCCACAGGAGGCCCCUGCUCCCAGCACGGGGGACAUCUCUGAGGGAGUGGCACGGCAGAAGUGGAUCUGUGUCCUCCCCACAGGUGGGAUCUCGUCCCCUCCAAGUUCCCCAGGAGCCACCAAGGACCCCACGGAUCAGCCCCCUGGGCACAUGGACUAUGAUGAUGUGGGCUGCAGCGCCCUAGGGACACUGCCACACCCCGCGGUGGCAGGGCAGCCGGGCCAUGGCCCCUGCCUGCGGCACGUCGUGCUCCAGGAGGUUCCCGAUCUUCGGGGCGACCUGCAGAGCCCGGAGGGCGUCCAGAUCCUGCAGCAGGGCCUGGCUGAAGCCCGGGCAGGCGGGAUGGCGGAGCUGCUGGCGGAGCUGCAGGAGGCCGUGGGCUCCCAGCUGGGUGUCACUCAGGCCCAGGCAGGCUCCGGGGAGCUGCGUCUGGUGGGCGGCGGCGGGCGCUGUGCCGGGCGCGUGGAGGUGAAGCACGGCGGUGAGUGGGGCUCCGUGUGCGUCUUCGACUACGAUGGGGCAGCGCUCUGGGCCGUGGUGGUGUGCCGGCAGCUGGGCUGUGGCCGGGUGGCCAGGGUGUCCCCGUACGCCUCGUUCGGGCAGGGCAGUGGGCGGAUCUGGCUGCAGCCCUUCUACUGCUUGGGAACCGAGGAUACGCUGGAGCAGUGUCUACACUUGGGAUGGGGACGGCACUUUUGUGGCCACGAGCGGGACGUGGGAGUGACCUGCACAGAUGCCGUGGAGCUGAGGCUGUCGGGCGGCAGCAGUCCCUGUGCUGGGAGGGUGGAGGUGAAGCUGCAGGGACAGUGGGGCUCGGUGGCAGACGACAACUGGGACAUGGAGGACGCCGAGGUGGUUUGCCAGCAUGUGGGCUGUGGCUCGGCUUCCGGUGCCUACUACGCCCUUGACACCUUCGGUUUAGGUGUUGGGCUCAUCAGCCUGUCCCUGGUGGACUGCAGUGGGAAGGAGGCCACCCUCUUGGACUGCAAAAUCCGUGGCUGGGGACCCUAUAACAGCAGCAUUCAUGAGUUUGACACUGCCGUUGUCUGCCAAGGGUUCUCCCGGCUAGUCGGAGGUGAUGGAGCCUGUGCCGGGCGUCUGGAGGUGCGUCAGGGCCGGGCCUGGGUCGGUGUCUGUGAGGAUCAGGUGGACAUGAAGGCGGCCCAGGUGGUGUGCAGGGAGCUGGGCUGCGGUGAGGCGCUCGCCAUCCCUGGCCGUGCUGGAUUUGGGAGAGGAUCAGGAUCAUUCUUGGACAGGGGCUUCCAGUGCAAUGGCAGCGAGCCCCUCCUCAGUGCCUGUGCCCGGCGUCCGGCCCACAGGCAGGGCUGCACCGGCCCUGCCAGCGUCACCUGCUCGUCCUACACGGGCUUCCGGCUGGGCAACAGCAGCUCGGGAUGCUCCGGGCGAGUGGAGGUGGCGGUGCGGGGCACGUGGGGAUCCGUCUGCGCCAGCGAGUGGGACCUGGCCGACGCGCACGUCCUGUGCCGCCAGCUGGGCUGCGGCCGCGCCUUCAGCGUGCCCCCGGGAGGCUCCUUCGGCAGCGGGGAGGGGCCGCUGCGGCCGGACGCCUUCGGCUGCAGCGGGAGCGAGCGGCACCCGGGCGAGUGCCCCGUGGCCGUGCUGGGGAAGCCGCCCUGUGCGCCGGGAAACGCCGCCGCCGUCAACUGCUCAGGCAGUGCCGAGUCCCUGCGGCUGGUGGAAGGUGAGAGCCGGUGCGAUGGGUUUCUGGAGAUGGCCGUAAGCACCGGGGCGUGGCACCGUGUACCAGGAGAGGUUUCGCCCGUACGGAAUUUCAGCAAAGUGUGCUGGGAGCUGGGCUGUGGAGGACUGGACAGGACUGAUGCUGUCCAUGGUCAGAUCUACCUGUCGGAUGUCAACACGACGGAGAGGCCCAUGACAGAACGGGUGAUUCCAGCCAUCAUGGACACGACCCCCAAUGCAACCACUGGGACAAUUAGCGAUGAUAAUUUUGGGAAUGAAAGGGAGUUUGUCACGACUGCAGCAGCUGACAUCCCUCAUGGGAACUACACUGUGUGCUCAGGCAGCCGGCAGGUGAGGCUGGUGGGGAGCUCUGGGCGCUGUGCCGGGCGCGUGGAGGUCUAUUCCGGUGGCAGCUGGAGCUCCGUGUGCCAGGAAGGCUGGGACCUGCAGGACGCCGCCGUUGUCUGCCGGCAGCUGGGCUGUGGCAGGGCACUGGAUGCGCCGAGCUCGGCGCGCUCGGGCGCCGUCCCGGGGCCGCUGUGGCCGUACAUCCCCGACUGCUCCGGGUCCGAGGAGUCUCUCUGGGAAUGCAGGCGCACGGAACGGCGCCAGUGCGGGCGCGGCGGCGGGGCAGGGGCCGUCUGCUCAGAGCAGCUCUCCGUGCGGCUGGCAGGAGGCCACGGGCGCUGCCGGGGCUACCUGGAGGUGUCCUACAACGGCACCUGGGGCCGCGUGUGCGCCAGCGGCACCAGCAGCGGCACCGCCGCCGCCGUCUGCCGCCAGCUGGGCUGUGGGGACCGGGGCUCGCUCUCGCCUGUCCCCUCCCAGCAGCCAUCCCUUGCGUGGCUGGCCUGGGUGGGCUGUGAGGACGGGGCCCGCUCGCUCUGGGGCUGCCCCUCGGCCCCCUGGCACCUGCAGAGCUGUGGCACCGAUGGGUACGCACAAGUGGAGUGUGAGGAGGACAGUGACGGCACCUCUGAUGGACACAGCGCCCCAUAUCCAGAGGGUGCCACCAGCACAGGUGUCCCCAGCAGAACGCCCUCAGCAGUGGCCCUGGGGACUGUGCCUGUGCCCACUGUGCUGUGCGUGGUGCUGGGGACGCUGCUGUGCCUGUCCCUGGGUGCCCUGGCCCUGCUGCUGUGCCGUGCCCGUGCCCGACGCCGAGGCCCUGGCAAAGCUGCAGAUGCCACCUUCGAUGCUAUUUACGAGGAGCUGGAUUACAAAGCCAUGCCAGAGUCCCAGGAGGUGCCCACUCCCCCAGGUUCCCUGUCGGAGGGAUGGGUGAAGAAGCUGCCGUAUUACACCAGGGACAGCGUGGAGGGGAGUGACUCUGAGGCAGCGCCAGAUCCCCCUGCCCAGCCCGAGCAAGGAAGCCCGGAUGGCUACGAUGAUGCCCUGGAUGUGCCACAGGAGCCCCAUGCUCCCAGCACGGGGGACAUCUCUGAGGGAGUGGCACGGCAGAAGUGGAUCUGUGUCCUCCCCACAGGCACCUUUCCGUGCUGUCCCCAAGGUGGGAUCUCGUCCCCUCCAAGUUCCCUAGGAGCCACCAAGGACCCCACGGAUCAGCCCCCUGGGCACAUGGACUAUGAUGAUGUGGGCUGCAGCGCCCUAGGGACACUGCCAUGAGGAUGUCCUGGCCAUGCCACAGCCCUGGGGACACGUGUGUGGCAGUGUGGUGGGGCCCUGCCCAUGGAAGUCAGCCCUCGCUGUCCAGCACUGCAGGAAAGCAGCUCCUGUGUAGGGAUUUUCUUUGAUUUCAGUGUGAAUUUCCCCUUUUUUCCUAUUAAAAUCCAAACUGGUCAGAGACUCA